CAGAGGCGUCUUACAUCAGCCGAGUGAGUCCUGCUGAAGGCGACUGACAACUGGACGGUGGAGGACUGAGGCAUCCAGCCGUCUCACUCCUACUGGAAUAAACUAAACGGAUCUUUGAGCAAAUGCUCUGAAGACCAAAGAAGACAAAGUUGUGGAAGUCUGCCUGUUUGCCCGUGUUCAGGAUGAAGCACCUGUCAGACACCCACUUCGUCCUGCUCGUCGUCCUCCACCUGUUAGGAGCCGUCGCAUCGCAGGUCAACCCAGAAUUGUGUCGCUAUGCCCUGGGGAUGUCCAGUGGGCAGAUACUGGAUGAGUACAUCUCUGCCUCCAGUCAGUGGUCUGACUCUACAGCGGCCAGAUACGGCAGGUUGGACUGCGAGGAGGGAGAUGGUGCCUGGUGUCCGGAGAUAACACCAGACCACCUGCAGGAGUUCCUUCAAAUUGACCUUGGGUCGCUCCAUUUCAUCACCCUUGUGGGCACCCAAGGCCGUCACGCCGGAGGAAUGGGCAAUGAGUUUACCCAGAUGUACGAGAUUAGGUACAGCCGUGAUGGCAGUCGCUGGAUCUCAUGGAGGAACAGGUUGGGGAGACAGGUGAUUGAAGGCAACAGGAAUAGCUACGAUAUCGCACUCAGGGAUCUGGAGCCGCCCAUCAUUGCCCGUUUAGUCCGCUUCAUGCCCGUCAUAGACCACUCCAUGAACGUCUGCAUGAGAGUGGAGCUUUACGGCUGCGAGUGGCUGGAUGGUCUGGUGUCGUACAAUGCUCCAGUGGGGCAACAGAUGAACCAUCUGGCUUAUCCUGUUUACCUGAACGACUCAGUCUAUGAUGGAGCCAUCAUCCACAGUAUGACGGAGGGAUUAGGCCAGCUGACCGAUGGAGAUUGUGGAGAAGAUGAUUUCACUCUGAGCCAUGUCCAUAACGGGUGGCCCGGGUACGACUAUGUGGGCUGGAACAAUGCCAGCUUCCCUGAUGGAUUUGUUGAAAUCAUGUUUGAGUUUGAUCGUAUAAGAAACUUCACCUCCAUGAAGGUCCACUGUAACAACAUGUUCUCCAGGCACGUCAAGGCCUUCCGGGAAGUGGUUUGCCACUUCCGCUCUGAUUCCGACUGGGAGGCCACACCGCUCACUUUCAGCCCAGUGGAGGAUGAGAAGAAUCCCAGUGCACGCUUCAUCACCGUCCAACUGGCCAAUCACAUGGCCAGCGCCAUCAAGUGCCAGUUCCACUUCGCUGACACCUGGAUGCUGUUCAGCGAAAUCACUUUCCAGUCAGACACAGCAAUGUACAACACAACACUGCCCAACCCCAGUACGGUACUCCCAACAAAAACAACGCCAGGUGUCUCUCAUCGUCCCUCACCAGAAGAUGACCCCACCCAUAAAGUAGAUGACAGCAACACUCGCAUUCUGAUUGGCUGUUUGGUGGCCAUCAUCUUCAUCCUUGUAGCCAUCAUUGUCAUCAUCCUGUGGAGGCAGGUGUGGCAGAAGAUGCUGGAGAAGGCUUCUCGUCGGAUCCUGGAUGAUGAACUAACUGCUAGUUUGUCAAUACAGAGUGAGACAUUCAGCUACAAUCACACCAACAACCGGCCAGGCCCAACCGGUGAACAGGAGUCUAACUCUACCUACGAACGGAUCUUCCCUCUGGGUCCAGACUACCAGGAGCCGACCAGCCUCAUAUGUAAGCUGCCGGAGUUCGCACAGAGCUCAGAGGAGCCGGCUUCGACCAGCACAGCAGCUUCCAAAUCCACCACUCAAACUGUGGUCCAAGAUGGCGUCCCACAUUACGCAGAGGCAGACAUAGUUAACUUGCAAGGCGUAACCGGAAGCAACACAUACGCCAUCCCUGCAGUCACUAUGGAUCUGUUGUCUGGGAAGGAUGUUGUUGUGGAGGAGUUCCCCCGAAAAUUGCUCACAUUCAAGGAGAAGCUGGGAGAGGGCCAGUUUGGAGAGGUACAUCUCUGUGAAGCAGAGGGAAUGCAGGAGUUCAUAAAUGAAGAGUAUUUGUUUGACGUCCCAGAGGGCCAGCCGGUGUUGGUGGCGGUGAAGAUGCUCCGCUCAGAUGCCGACAAGAAUGCAAGGAAUGAUUUUCUGAAAGAGAUAAAGAUAAUGUCACGUCUGAAGGACCCCAACAUCAUUCGUCUGCUGGCUGUGUGCAUCUACAGCGACCCUCUCUGUAUGAUCACAGAGUACAUGGAAAACGGAGAUCUCAACCAGUUUCUGUCCCGCCAUGAACCCGAGGGGCAACUUGCUCUCCUCAGCAAUGCACCAACUGUUAGCUUUAGUGAUCUGUGCCACAUGGCCACCCAGAUAGCCUCGGGGAUGAAAUACCUUUCCUCCCUGAACUUUGUUCACCGAGAUCUGGCUACAAGAAACUGUUUGGUGGGAAAAAACUACACGAUAAAGAUAGCUGACUUUGGCAUGAGCAGAAACUUGUACAGCGGCGAUUACUACCGGAUCCAGGGCAGAGCAGUGCUGCCCAUACGCUGGAUGUCAUGGGAGAGCAUUCUGCUGGGUAAGUUCACCACAGCAAGUGACGUGUGGGCCUACGCCGUGACUCUGUGGGAGAUCCUGAACUUCUGCAAGGAGCAGCCGUACUCCCAGCUCACUGAUGAGCAGGUGAUAGAAAACACAGGGGAGUUUUUCAGGGACCAGAAACGGCAGAUCUACUUGCCUCAACCUGUACUGUGUCCGGACUCACUCUACAAGAUCAUGCUGAACUGCUGGAGGAGGAACGCUAAGGAGCGGCCCUCUUUCCAGGAAUUACACGGAGCCCUGUUGGAUCUACAGCCUUCAGCCUGAGCGGUGUUUGAGACCCUCCUUCAGAGUCUUCACAUGUGAUGGUGCAGACACAGUCCAGGUUUAAGCUAGUUCAUAUUCAACAGAAAAACAUGAUGGGAGGCCUCCUGCUGGUUCUAAGCUACAUUUUGGGAACUAAAUGCACUCUAAAGAUUGAUCUGUAUUCCAGUUUACGUAAAGGUUCUGUAUUGAGCAUAACUUUGGACAAAGUACUUUAUCGUCAUUUAAAAAGAGGCCUGAACUGUGGUGCAUGUGUGGAGAAAGCCAAUAUUAAAAUGUAGCAGGAGACAUUUGGCACUUUUGAAACUAAACUUACUAAAGUAAGAACGUUUGUGUUUGGUCUUUGUUUUCUUUUAUUGAAGCAAUGUUCUCGGCAGUAAAUCUCAUACUGUCAGGAAGUUUGUUUGUUUUUUCUCCUACAGUGGUGCCACAUCUGUAAGAAAACAUGUUUUUUUUUUCUUUUUUUUCCAUAGAUAUGUUUAUUAUUUUUUGUUAAAUAACAACAAAAUAACAUAGAAAACAAGCUCAGCAGUGCAGUGCAGAAAGGAUAAGAUAGGGGGCAUACAUAUUUCCAUCAUUAUAGAGUCCAAAUCUAAGCAUUAAUAAACACUCUAGACAGGAUAGUAGACAUGUGAUCCUUCGGAAUAGUCCAGGAAGGGCUUCCAUAUCUGCCAAAAGUGUCAGUCUUAGAGUGGACGAGAGAUGUUAGAAAGUCAAGAAGGAUAUAUUCCAAAAUAAGCUUCUUCCACCUAAAAAUAGUAGGAGAAUUUAUUAGAAAUCCAUCGUAAA